UGAUUUGUAUUUUUGUAUUAUUUAAAAAAUUUAUGAUAUAAAUGGAUUGUUUUUGUUGUAGGUUCUAAGCUGCCACCAUGUCGAGCCACCUUCAGUGGAUGAUCAUCCGCAAUAAUUCCUGUUUCCUACUCAAGAGGAAUGGAAUAUCUCUCAGCAAGGAGCCAAACAAUUUGAAGAACCGAAACUCAUUCCGUUACAAUGGUUUGGUUCACAAAAAGACCAUUGGUAUUGAGCCAGCAAAAGAUGGCAAGGGUGUCGUUCUCAUCACAAAAAAGUCUAAAAUUUAUAAUAAGCCGUCAAAGACUUACAACAAAGUUGAAAUGAAGCGAGAUCCUCGACGAACAUUUGCCACUAUCAGAAAUACUCUCCGAAGCAAACGCUACAGGAAAGAUUUGAAAAUGGCUGCUGUUCGUAGAGCAAGUGCCCUGCUGAGAAGUCAGAAGCCAGUUGUUGUUAGAAAAAACCUUCGACCCAAGAAAGACUAACUUUUUAUGUUUGUGAAGCACUUUGGACGAUGACAAUAAACAUGAAGAGAUGA